GCAGUUGGUUACUUCUCACCGAUUCUCACAAACCAAACAGCAUUAGAUCGACUUCAGGGGAGGCCUCUCGGUUCCAGAUCCAGGUGCACGAUACAUCCUGUCUUGCUGCCUCUGAAUUGGUCAUUGUCAGAUCCCAAUAAGCCAAGAUGGUUGUUCUUGCAGCUUCUAUUGUAAGCAAGUCUGGGAAAGUGCUUGUUUCUAGGCAAUUUGUGGAUAUGACUCGUAUAAGAAUUGAGGCUCUUCUUGCUGCUUUUCCCAAGUUGGUAGGCACAGGGAAACAACAUACUUAUGUUGAGACUGAAAAUGUGCGGUAUGUUUACCAGCCAAUUGAGGCAUUGUACCUGCUAUUAGUAACUAAUAAACAGAGCAACAUUCUUGAAGACUUGGAAACUCUGAGGCUGCUUUCAAAGCUUGUUCCUGAAUAUUCUGUCUCUUUGGAUGAGGAGGGCGUUUGCAAGACAGCUUUUGAGCUCAUUUUUGCUUUUGAUGAGGUCAUCUCCCUUGGGCACAAGGAAAAUGUGACUGUUGCACAAGUUAAGCAGUACUGUGAGAUGGAGAGUCACGAAGAGAAGCUGCACAAGCUGGUAUUGCAGAGCAAGAUAAAUGAGACAAAGGAUGUGAUGAAGCGCAAAGCUAGUGAGAUAGACAAAAGCAAGAUUGAAAAGAAUAGAGGUGAGAAAGGAGGUUUUAUGUCUUUACAGUCGAUGGGUUCUGGAAGAAUUGAGAGUACCUUUAAUGAUAUGAGUAUAUCUAGCAGCGGUGGUGGUGGUUUUGGAAGUGGCUCUGGGUUUGGAUUGACCACUGAUAUCGACUCCUUCUCUACCAAGUCCAAAGGUCGUCCAUCUUCAUCUGCCACUGCUCCUCCUAAAGGCCUUGGUAUGCAGCUUAACAAAACACAAAAGGCAAACCAGUUCUUGGAAUCUUUGAAGGCUGAAGGCGAAGUGAUUCUUGAGGAUGUGCACCCCAAAGCUGGUCCAACCAGGUCAGCCGCACCACCACUAACUGACCCCAUUACAUUGAGUGCUGAAGAGAGACUUAAUGUGACGCUAAAGCGCGAUGGUGGAGUGAGCAACUUUGAUGUUCAGGGAACAUUGUCACUUCAAAUCCUUAACCAGGAAGAUGGAUUAAUCCAAGUUCAGAUCGAGACUGGGAGCAAUCCAGGCAUCCUUUUCAAAACUCAUCCUAACAUCAACAAAGAACUAUUUUCGAAUGAAAAUAUUCUAGGCCUGAAGGAUCCAAAUAGGCCAUUUCCCACUGGUCAAGGAGGUGAUGCGGCAGGUGUCGGUCUUUUGAAGUGGAGAAUGCAAAGUGUGGAUGAGUCAGAUGUGCCACUAACAAUUAACUGCUGGCCAUCUGUUUCUGGAAAUGAAACUUAUGUCAGCAUUGAAUACGAAGCUUCAUCAAUGUUUGAUCUGCGAAAUGUUGUGAUCUCUGUUCCUCUUCCAGCUCUUCGUGAGGCACCUAAUGUGAAGCAAAUUGAUGGGGAAUGGAGGUAUGACUCCAGAAAUUCUAUCUUGGAGUGGUCCAUACUUCUCAUUGACAACUCAAAUCGCAGUGGAUCAAUGGAGUUUGUUGUUCCUCCAGCAGAUUCGUCAGUUUUCUUUCCCAUUUCUGUUCGGUUUACUGCUGCAAAGACAUUCAGUGACCUAAAGGUUGUUAAUGUUUUACCGCUGAGAGGUGGCCCGCCUCCGAAGUUUUCUCAGAGAACCACUCUAAUCACGGAGAACUAUCAAGUGGUGUAACGGGUAUUCUACUUGCAGAUUAUGAACUUUGCUUAUAUUCUCAUCAUCAUUUUCUCUCACUUAAACGCAAUAGUUUCUGUUGAUGGUUCAUACUUUCGGCUCAAAUUUUGAGACAAUUUUUGUAUUUUUUUAUUCAGAACCUAGUGUGGAUCUGUUUUUUUGGUGUCUCUUAAAUGAUAUUUUUAUAUAUGGGACAGUUUCUCAUUUUUCCCA